UGCGGGUGUCUACCCGGAGCUGUGAAGGAAGCUGAACCGUCUCUGUUGCCCUUUGAAUUGUCGUCCGGGUCGGGUACACGGUGACCGCUGGAAAUGGGGCUCCUGCCGGUCGAGGCGAAGGUCUUGCCGCCCCCGGGGAUCGUCAACAGGAACAGCGUGUGGCUGGGGUUCAUCGGCUGGACCACGGCGGUGCUGCAGAACGGCCUGUUCCAGCGGCCGCCGCUCAAAGCUGGUUUGCACCGGCAGCUUCUCUAUGUCACUGUUGGAUGGUUUCUUGGUUAUUAUGUCACCAAGAUAGAAAAUUAUAAGACUGCUAAAUUUGACCGUGAGAUGAUGGAAUAUAUUCGGCAACACCCAGAUGACUUUCCUGAAAAAGAAAAAAAGACUUUCGCAGAGAUUCUGGAGAAUUUUCAUCCAAUUCGUUAAAUUACUUGGCAGUAAUUCUUAGUUGCCUAUGUUGGGUAAUUACUAUAACUCUCAGCACUGUCUGUCAUCUAUGUAUAAAAAUAUGCCGUGUGCUGAUGGUCUUUCUCAUUGUAAGUUACUUUAUAAUAAAUUAUAUGAAAUGAC